GCGUCCCCUGUGCGGCCGCAGCCAGGCCGCAGGGCCAGGCGGUAGCAUGUCGCUGCCCGAGCCGCUGCGGAGGCGGCUGGGCUCCUUCAGCCGCCGCGUCUUCACCGACAGCAGCGCCGCCGGCCCGCAGCGCCCGCCCGAGCACGCAGGUGAAGAAGUCCUUUCCAGUUUGCCCCUGCAGAUGGCUCUCUACUUCAACGUUUAUUAUUUCCCCUUUUGGUGGCUCAGCACAGUCAUCAUGCUCUGGCUGAAGUAUCAGGCCUUGUCGGAUUACUGCAAGUUCAUCCUGGUCACCAUCGUGGUCCUGGGCUCUCUGAUCGAGGUCAUUCGGCUCUACCUGGGGUACAUGGGCAAUCUGCAGGAGAAGGUCCCCGAGCUGGCAGGCUUUUGGCUCCUCAGCCUCCUCCUGCAGCUGCCUCUCAUUCUCUUCUUGUUGUUCAAUGAAGAGCUGAGGAACCAGCCAGCAGAGCGUGCCAUCCAUGCCAUCUUUGCCCUCUUCCUCACCUUCCAAGUGGUCACCACCUUUGUCACCCUGAAGAGAAUGGUGAACAAACUGACGACUCAGUUCCGUCUCAUGGAGUUGGACCUGCUGGAGGAGCAGCCUGGGCCUGCUUUCUACAGCCUGGGCAAAGGAAGGAAAGCAGCUGGCAUGGCUGGGAGGGCCCCCAGUGCUGGCUGGGCAUCGUAUGCUUGAGCAGCUGGCAGAGACAGGCCUCCUGCUGCUAUCUUUGAUUGGGUCCUUCUUGACCUUCCUACUUCACAGAUCCUCAGAAGCAGGUCUUGCUGAAGAGCCUACAGCAAACCUCAGGCUCCAGUCUGCAAGGAAGAGUGCAGCCAAUUGCAGAAGUGGGUUGGGUGGACUCUGUGACCUGCUGCUGUGCAGAGCUGCUGUAGUGGGGUGUAGGUUGCACAAGGUCAUGCAGUGGCUUUCAAACACAGCAGACAACUUUUCAUCCACUCUUUGCACAGAAUGGGUUCGGUUACAAUAAAUCCUCUACAGGUGGA